AUGACGUUCUUUAUUCGAGGGUUAAAAUUGAAGACCCGCGAGGAAGUGAAGUACCGUCAAAGUAAGACCUUGUUUGAAGCGAUCAAGGCGGCGUUGGAGUAUGAACGUGCCAAUUCUGUUUCACUCUCGUCGAUGAAGCAUCCCGACAAGCCGAACCGAUGGAAUCGGACGGACUAUGGAAGCGGCCAGCGUGAAGGACAUGUACCGCGUUUGGAGUCGCAAGUGUCCACAGACAUGGAAGUGGACAAUGUCAAGAUGCAAGGCAGUCGGAGGAAGGACAGCAGCAAGAUUCGCUGUUACAACUGUCAGAAGUUGGAGCAUAUCGCGACAGAAUGUCGGAAGCCCAAGAAGAAGAUAUCAAGGCAGGCACCACCCAGCCCAGGAGCAAGUGUCGAACGAUGA